AUGUACGAUUACAGAGGCCCCAAAAGGCUAACAUUUGUAGACAAUCUGCACUUGGUAAAGCACCGGUGCACUUUGCCAAACGUCCACAUAUCCGAUGUCAAAACUCGCUUGCCUCCAAACGCUUCCUAUAUUAGACAAUUUUGCCGAUGGAUUCACAAGUCUAUGAUUCCCGCUUUGAAUCUGGCAAUUUCCAAGAGAAACUUCCGAAACGAAUCGCAAAUUAAGGCGGAAAUACGAAGACAGGCAAACCAUAAGAAUUGGUUUGUUAUUCAUCCUUACAGUUACAUGGAGGUGGCCAGAGAAAUAUACUUUAUUUGCUAUUGUAUAUGGGUCAUAAUAACUUCGGGGCCGGUGCUUCCCAGUUUCGAAUGGGUGAAAACUUACAGACCGCAAUUUGAUACUGAAAGUCUGGAAGUAUGCUGCCUCUGUCCUUAUCCAGUUUUCCUCACCGCAUCGAUUCUAUGGAUAGUAUCGUGUUUUUUUUCGGGAUACGAAGAACGACACAAAGGCAAAGGCACAAUAGAACUCAGCAUGAAGAAAAUUGCAAUCAGAUAUUGUAAAUCGUUUUUCUUCAUCGAUCUAUUCGUAAUCAUCCCUUGUCCGUUAACAGACAUAAAUCUAUGCUUAUAUUUAUGGGUCAGAGGUUUAAUUAUGUACAGUAGAAUGUACACAUUUUACCAGUACUUUAUUAGAUUCACCACAGAUUUCAAGAUCAGCCAGUCAUUAACACAUUGUAUAAUUCUGGUGCAUAUAGCUUUAGUUUUUACCCACGUCUCAACUUGCUUUUUCUAUUCGAUGCCAGUGCUGAUCAACACUGGAGAACCACUCUCGAUUGAUAAAAUGAAUUAUCCUAAAGGAAUUAUGUACUACUCUAUCUACUCUUUUGUACAGGCACAUUUUUGGGGCCUAGGUGGCUCAACUUUAGAUACAGAAAACCCCAUGGAAGAAUUCGUACUGAUAAUUGUAAUGAUCAUAGGACGUUUGUGGGGCCUGUACAUUUUGGCCAGCCUAUUAAGAAUGUUUACGGUAUCUUCAGUGUCUGAAAGCAUUUACGAACAAUAUGUGAAACAUUUGAAAAUUUUCAUUUCCCAAAACGAUAUACCAAAAGAAAUGGAGGAGAGACUUUUAGAAUAUUACGAAUACAAAUUCGAGAAAAACUAUUACAACGAAAAAGCAAUUUUUACUACAAUGUCCUUGUAUGUCCGGCAGACUAUUAGCUUAUUUUGGGCCAGAAAAGUCAUAAACAAAGUCAAAGUAUUCAGAUUUUUUCCUCACAGCAUUAUUUCGCAAAUUAUAGCAAAAUGUAGAGUUUUGGUGUAUUUGAACAACGAUUUUAUAGCCAGAGCAGGCGACGUGGCCGAUAACGUUUAUUUUAUAAGCUCAGGAACCGUUGCUGUAUACAAUCGAGACAAACACGAAAUGAUUCAUUUGCGAGACGGCGACGAAUUCGGUCUAACAGGUCUGGGCUCAUCCAAAGAAGCUUAUUUUGUUUCUAAUUUUGUCGCUAUCGAAACUACCGAAUUGUAUGUGAUUUCUGUCAAAGAAUUUAAGGAAAUUAUUCACAGUAGGCAUGACAUUUUGGCCUUUUUCCGAAAGAAACUUCAGGAAAGGCUCAAAUUGUGGGAGAAAUUGGAGAAACAUGUUACUGUGGCUCAAAGGGAUAAUUUUUUAUCGGAAUUGAGGCACGAGAGGAUUCUGGAACGGCCCAGUGCUAAAACCCGAUAUUAUGACUAAUGAUGUUUUGGUUGUUCUAUUUUAUUUAUUUUUUUGUCAAUUUUUUACACUUUCAUUUGAUUAUAUGUUAUUAUUAUUGAAACAUACAAUCCUUAAUUAUUUGUGUUAUACGGUUUUUUAAUCAAACGCAGAACAAACCGCGAAUGGAUUUGUACAAACCCCA